UAAAUCCUCUCAGGCAAAUAGAUGCAUUAAAUAUUGUUAAGUGCUGUAUAUAAUAAUCACCUCAUAAAAAUGUAAAACAGACACCAAAUGUCCCCUUCCUUCUUUCCUAUCGUUACACUGUUGUAAUGCUCCAAUAAAGUCCAUAUAGGGCCAUAUAUGGAUUAAGGAGUGCCUUAUACCCAUAUGCCUAUAAAACACCAACCCACAAAAUAAAUAUACCACAUGUCAUGUGCUAUUGCUGCAAUCACUGACUGUCUCUCGCCCACCGCCAUAGUUUGUUUGCUUAAAUGAAUACUCAUACUUUUUAGCAAAUAAGCUGUUUGUUCAACUUCCUGUUGUGCAAUAAAAUGAGUUACACCAUUGAUCCCAGUGGGAUGUUGAACUGCUGUCAGUUGUCAAAUUGCACUAAACAAAAGAGUGAAGGGUGACGGAGCAGCUCUCAUCUUGAUAUCUAAACUCUUUGCACUCAGGACAUCCGAUUUAAGGUUUUAGUUAAGCCAUUUGUUCUGUUUUGUUGAGUAGAGGUGACACAGCGCCAUCCAAUUUUAAAAUUUUUGCCACCUGGACCAGAAGAUUUUCUCUGCUGUUGCUCUGUGGCCCUCUGUGGGCGCUUGUGGCGUCCCAGGACACUCAGAGCUGUGGGGGUUGUUGUCGGGGUGGGCCAGUCUCCCACAGGGGAGGUCAAGUCAUUUCCUGCUCUGAGAGACCUCUGUCCCUCACAGCUGUCAGUGUAGUCAGAAACCCAACUCCCACAUCUGUAACCCUCCUUUCUUAUGCUUUUUCAAAGAUGUGAUGGAUUGCUCUGAAGGAGGAACUCCCUCACGCUGCUGCAAAAUUAAAGAUAGACCAUCAAAGUUCAACCACAAUUGAGGACUUCUGUUCAUCACUUUGUUUAUGAGCCCAAUUCAAUUAAAGCAGAGAAACAUGAAGGUUACAGCAGGAAUUAACAGUGAGUAUAAGCUGAUAAUAAACAGCAGUAAUAAGUCCUGAAAUAUCAAGCUGGGGUGGUAGACCAGAUCGGUUUCACAUCUCUUUAGAAAAUGCUUUGACCAAAUCCUGAAAUAAGAAAUAUCUCAGAAGAUGAAUGUCUGCCCACCAAUCAUUUAACAGUGUCUCAAGCUGGAAAGAGAAAUAAAAUUUUGGAAUGGGAGAGGAAGUUGGCAGGACAGAGUGAACACCGCAGUUAUAAAUCUGAUAACAGCUGUUUACUAAAAACCACCUGCUCAAUGGAAAACAAACUGGACAGGUUUAGUGUCACCCAGAGAAUCCACUUUACCAUAAAUUCACUUUACAUUUUCAUAUUUUUCAAAUCGACUUGCAUAUUCAUAGUUUCUGGGUUUUUUGUGUAUCUUUGUGUUACACCUGUUGCUAAUAAAAAUAACAUAUGUUUCUCUUCUAAGGUCACAAAUGCUUCAAUCCGCUGAUGACCAGGAAGCGACAGGGAGGAUCUGAAGAUAUUUCAGGAGGAGAAGAAACACUUCUUACAUGUUAAAUCUCAGCUGGACAAUGUAGAUCGAGUUAAUAACAGCAGCUUCCUAAAUGUGCAUUUCACUGCUGUCUCAUUUGACCAUUUUUGUAGUAAGUAGUAGGAUAUUGAAGAAGGAGUGCCAGAAUGAUGGUUAUCUCUCUUCCUUGUAAAUCUUCUUUAUAUAUCACACACACAAAAUAAUCAAAUUAGUUACAACAAACCAUUAAAACACUUUCCGUAAAGAUAAAGACUUGUGGGAACAGUGCCCAGCAAAAGUUGUUGGUUUAGAGUCCAGAACCUCUGAUGUGGAAUCUCUUUCAAAAGGGCGAUUAUAAGGGAAAUACUGAGAGAUGCUUGAUAGUUAACUGUGUAUUAUCUCUCCCAGGAGCUGCAUACAAUCCACAAGGAUGUUUGUAAACUGAGUACUGAGUGCACUGAAGCCCUGAAGCCUUCAAUAGCAGUGUGAAGAUCCAGGAGAAACAGAGGAUGCUGAGAGACCAGAAUGGAAAAGAAGAGGCAGGAAAGAAAGGAGCAAGAUGGAACUAGAAGUCUCUUAUCUCCCAGACUUUUCUGGACAUAAAGACCUCAACUAACCUCAUAUAAUUUUAACAUGCCCCCAAAUGAAAUUGGUUGGCUUGGAUGAUCUAAAAUGAAUUUGAUGAAUUGUGAAAAGGCUUAAAAACACCGAAUCCAGAUGCUCAGUACUUCUGUAUUUUAUUACUUGGAUGUCUGAUAAUCUCCCAGGUAUGUGAUAUCUAUAUUAGGGUCCAUUUUCCCUUUAACUAUCUAACAAAUUCUGAUGUUUAAACCAGGAAUUAGGAGUUUACGAGGAGCCCUGAACGCAGCAGCAUUGCACCGUCCAGCAGGGGGCGCCAGGCAGCUGUCUGACUGUUUUAUGCUUGUUUUAUUGUUUGAGGAAGUGAAGCUUCACUGUUGUAGCUUUGUAGCAGGCUCUUGAGUUGUAGUAGUCACUCAUUCAGUGGACUCCAAUGUUUAUUAAGUCGUGUGUGGACAAAACUGAACCAACGCGGAAGACAGUCGUAUGGGACAAACCAGUUCACAGGCUGACAGAAUGACUUGUUGUGUCCGGGUCAUCGUGGUGGGAGCUGGCAGUCGAGGGGAGAUCUACUCCCAGUUUGCAUCCAUCCACCCUGAACGCAUGAAGGUUGUUGCAGUAGCUGAUCCCCGAAAAUUUGCUCGCACUAAACUUCAACAGCAACACAACAUUGUAGAUGAAAACAUAUUUGAAGACUGGCACAGUAUAGUUGAAAGAGAGAAAUUUGCAGAUGCUGUGCUCAUUUGCACUCCAGACCGCCUUCAUAAGGAACCUGCAGUGGCCUUUGCAAAGAAGGGCUACCAUGUACUGCUGGAGAAACCAAUGGCAACGACUGCUGAAGACUGCACAGUGAUUGUGGAGGCUUGCAUACAGAGUGGUGUGAUGCUGUCAGUGGGUCAUGUUCUCCGCUAUGAUCCCGUCAUCCACAAGAUUAAGGAGCUGAUAGACGCUGGUGUCAUUGGUGAUGUGAUCCAUAUUCAGCAUUUUGAGCCAGUUGGGUUUUAUCACUUUGCUCACUCCUAUGUUCGAGGAAACUGGAGGAAUGAAGAAGAGAGCUCUUUUGCUCUUUUGGCCAAAUCAUGUCAUGACAUCGAUCUCAUACAUCACUGGGCUGGAGGACGCAGGUGUGUUAAAAUGUCAUCAUUUGGAUCUGUCAGCCACUUCAGCAAAGAAAACAAGCCAGAAGGUGCUGCAGAUUGCUGUCUAGAUUGUUCAGUAGAAGCAGCGUGUCCUUACUCAGCUCGCAAAAUCUACCUGGACAGAGUGAAACAGGGUCACACCGGCUGGCCUGUAUCAGUCAUAUGUCCGAGCUCGUUCCCAGACAUCGAGUCAGUCUCUGAGGCGCUGAGGACUGGACCAUAUGGCCGCUGUGUCUACAAGUGUGACAAUGAUGUCUGCAGUAACCAGGUUGUUAACAUGGAGUUUGAAGGAGGUCUGACUGCAGCCUUUUCCAUGGUGGCGUUCACUGAGGAGAUAUGCCAGCGAAAAACAACUGUCUAUGGCAGCAAGGGGGAGCUGUCAUAUGACGGUCAUGGGAUACAAGUGUUUGACUUUCUAACUCAGAAAUCCACAAAACACACAGCACACAAUAACGCUCCCGGACACUUUGGCAUGAGUGGACAUGGUGGAGCGGACUACCACCUCAUAAACGCCUUUAUCUCUGCUGUGGCGAACAACGAUCCAUCUCUGAUCCGCUCGGGUCCUGAGGAGACGCUGCUGAGCCAUUUGCUGGUGUUUGAAGCUGAGCGUUCACGACUGGAGAGCAGAGUGGUGUACUGUGGUGACACAAGCCAGAACUAGAUGACUAAACAACAUUUUAAACCCAAUAUGAUGUCAUCUUAAAACAAACACUAUAAUGAUAUCUGACUGAUUAAUGAAACAAUUAAAAAAAAGCCAAAUCUUGAAGUUUAAUCAGGAUGAUGUAAUUCACAUUGCUCAGGGAUUUUAAUUGUGUGUGUGUGUGUGUGUGUGUGUGUGUGUGUGUGUGUGUGUGUGUGUGUGUGUGUGUGUGUGUGUGUGUGUGUGUGUGUGUGUGUGUGUAAGAGAGAAUGGGGGAAUCUGUUCAAUAUUUAAAUUAUAUUUGCACUAUGUCAACCUGAUUUGUUUCAUGUUAUUGUAAUUUCUUUAAAAUAAGUGUUCAUUUAACAUACUCAUGAUUUUUUACUGAAAAGUUGUGAAUCUGUUAAAUUAAAAUUGUCUUUGGAUGAUAGUUUGCGCUUAAUGUCAUCCCACACACAAUAUGAUAUUACUGUAUGUCUGCAUUACUGUGUCUCUACUGAUGAGGGGUUUCAUUUCCACAUACCUGCUGGCUGAGGUUUUCCUGGAAGAGAAGAUGGGACUACAGAGUAAGAAGCUCAUUGGUUCUGUCCUCCACCAUUCUCAGGCACUCUGUCAUAUAUUCCUUUGCUCCAUCAGAAAAGUGCCAGUGAGUCACGAAUGUCCUUAGAUCCAAGGUGAUGUGUUCACAUUGUUUGUUUUGUCCUAAAGCCAAAGACAUUCAGUUAAUCAUCACAUAAGAUGGUCAGAAAGCAGCAAAUCCUGCUUUCUAGCUGUAGUUGGAACUAGGCCAUACUAAAACUUACUGCAAUUAUUGAUCACCAAAAUUGUUGCUGAAAGAUUUUGUAAUCAAUUAUUUCAGCUCUUACAAGACUGAUGUUAUUUAUUUAAUUUCCUAUUGUAAAACUCAUAGCCUAAAAGUGAAAUAAGAUACUAUCUUGUUUAUACCUAUUUAUUUACACUGUAUCUGAUGACAGGUAUGACAGGUGCACUAUUUUCGAUCUAGACUAAAGCUUCAGUUGUUACCCAACACAAAUUUACAUUAAUCAACAACUGAAGUCUUUACAGCAUGCCUUUGAUUCCCUAACCCUAUACAUGUAAUUCUACUCUUUGACCAUUUUACAGGGAAAUACUGGAUUUAUUUGAAAGCUCAACUGCAAAGACACUUUGCAAAUUUCCUUAGCUUUGUUAUAAACUACACCCAAUUCACCAAGCAAGUUAUACUGCAGUCUGCAUGUUGUUGUUUUUUGAUGGAAAAACACAAUAUACAUUUUUCAGUAAGUACUGUGUUGGGACUGUACGCACAUCAAAACAUGAAUAUCCUGUAUACAGUUGAAAAUAUAUAUUAUGUAUACUUUUAGUAAACAUAAAAAAUGCUUAUCUUCAUCAUACAGUUUUCCAUGUUCCAGCUUUUCAAAAGGAUAAUGUAACAGGGUAAAGCUGUAUCGGCUAGUAAUCUUUGUAUUUUGUGUGACACUGUGGUGGAUUUUGCUGUGGGUGUGGUUUUAACAGAGUGAGUGUGCUGCAGUGAUAGCAUGGUGACGGGCUAACUGGAAACAGGUGUGCCGGACAGGUCGGCAACCAGCUUAAUUACCCACACACACUCCCUCCUUCAGUCUCCCUCUGAUCUUCUCUGUGAAUGUGGUCUGAGGUCUUAAGAAAUUGUAAGUUGAAUGUAUCUGGUGUUGAGUCUCCCUCUGAUCUUCUCUGUGACAGGUGGCGUGUGGCGUAGGCUGGAGUCACUUUGGACGCUGGGUCAGGUUGGAACCUCAAGGGCUGAACAGAUGCGCUUUACAGCCACGAAGUGGAGUGCAGCAGCCUGCAGCAGUCGUAAGCAGCACAGCACACAGCGCCAGCAAUGAUGAUACAACCUUGACACUGAACCAGUAUACCAACUGACCAGCAGAUCCAGCCAGCCUGCCAGCCUGUGUGAGUGAAGCCCGGCCACUCACCAGGCUACACGGAGCCACACUCUCAGCCACCUCCUUCCAGACUCUUUUAAUUACUUCCCCCAUAGACUUGAUUAGUUUUUAUAUAUUUCUAUAAAUAAAAAGUACUCCUUUAAACCGUA